CUGACCAGCAACAGACCAUCGUCCUGGCCGUCCGAGAGUUGUGCCCACAUCCCAGCAACCAAGACGGGCCCACAGAUCGUAUCGAGUGCCGGGCCGCGGCUCUCCCGGCCACCACCCAGCGAAGGCCUCCAGCGCAUGCCGACCGCAUGCCCCGGACACGGGGCCCAGCACUCGCCUCGACACCACUAUCCGCGGAGCAUCCGGGCGACGCUGGUUGUGAUCCCUCGCGGAAAACCCGCCGUGAGGGCUUUUGGCAAUCGCCAUCGGUUGCCAAAGCGGCCGGGUCGGCCGAGGGGGGGGGAAGUGUCUGGGCAUCUGCGCUGGUCAGCCGCUCCAGAACUUGUCCCAUAUCAUAGCUCUGCUGCAUCUAUCACCUCGACUCUGCAAUCUCCUCCACCACUGCUGCAAGAAUGUCCUCGGUCUCUGCUGUAUCGCUUCAUCCAUGUGCUGCCCCUGCCACGGAGAAGGACGCUCCUUCAACAGUCUCUGAGGAUGAAAGGGCACCCUGUCCCAUGGCCGCAAAUAAGGCCAAGAAACCAUCGCCCUUGAACAGGAGCUGGCUGAGGGCAUCUGGCUUCUUCUGGCGGAAGCCAAAGGACGCUGUCGCCCCGGCAUCGUCAGCUACCCCCGCCAAGCCACUAUCCAGCAAGACAAAGCGGUCCUCAGUGCCUCCCUCCAACGGGCGGGCCUCGGAGGUUUCCUUAACAAGCGGCCUCAAAUCCGAUCUCGCCGCCACCAUCGAGGCCCUGGUCGCCCAGGCGAUUCCAGGGUACGGCUUCCACUCCUUCCUGAGAAAGUGUCGAUCCAAUCACGCGCAAAUCGUUGCCGGUGAAUAUAUCGAACAGAUUUGUAGGACGAAGGAGUGCAUCUCCUAUGUCUUGGACGUGAGCCGCUACUUUAUUCGAGUCCAAGCCGAAGCGCAACACGGACGACUGGUAGUUACUUUCGAUGCACCAGCUAACGACAGACCAAUGCCUCACGAUAACCCCGCUCUGCUGGGUCUAGGGAUAUCAGAGAUGCCCACUGGUCCAUCGGAUAUCAGUACUCAAUACAUGGAGCUCGAGAGCAGGAUGGCUGAGCUAGGUUUCCGACUCGAUGAUGUCAGCACAGAAUCUCGAUUGCACAAACUGUCAAAAUGGCUUGCAUGGGACAGCUCCAGCCCAGAGAACGAGUGGCUACGGUACCUCUGCGUCGAUGAUAAUGAGCACCGAGGCAUGCCGUCCCAUGCUAUGGUCGACUAUAUAACGUCGCUACUUGACCUGGAGAGCUAUCAAGCUGAGCUCGCAAAUCUGAAAGGAUACCAUCGGGACAGCCUAUUCAAGCUCGCAAGUCGAGUCUCGCUUCUACUCACGUCCAAAGAUGUCAACGAGCACAUGGCCCGCAGCAUCUUGAAACGGAUAGCCAUUCUGCUCCUCCAGACGCGGCGAGAGUUCACGCUGCCUAUGAUUCUCCGGUUCGACACCGCCUCGUUGCAAUCCAAAUUUACAGUUGUGAAGCUUGGCGAUGGCUUUGUCUUUCUCGGCGAGAACUAGAUCCUGUGUGGCACUAUGUCCGCCUCUGCUCUCGUCGGUGCUUUUGGAUCUAGCAGCCAGCGACGAUACCUGUACAGAUUAUGCAAGAGCCUCUCUCUCCGGGACACUCUCCGCCUCGAUAAUAAUUAUAGUUGGCACGGAGAGGCGCUUAUCAGUGAGUCUAUUUGGUCUGUCGUCGCUGAGACCCCCAGUUCCUGGGCGUGAUUCUGGCGUGCGGUUCAGUUCAGAUGGUUGCUGAUGGAUAAUGUAUUACCACACCUUGAGCACCGCUGGCUGAUCAGACGCUGUGUCAUUGUAAUUCCUGGGAGCACUGUGGCGUGUGUGGGUAGUGCAUUUUGCCAUUCUCGCCACAGAGGUGGUUCGGCACAGGGGACAAGCUGGACGGCAGUACCUCAACGAAGCAAAGCAACGGU